AAGUCGAUGUGUAGCUGAGCCUCUGCUAUGCUUUACCUAAACCAGGAUGAAAAUAUAUGAAGUAUUUUAUAAAUAAUAAUAAAUAAAACCCUGCGAUAGGACUACACGGCAUAUAGUUGUGCACUAAAGUAAGUGCCAUGUCAGAUAGAAAGCGGCGGAGAGAAGAGCGAGAGGAAACACGAGACAAAAAGAGGCUGAAAGACUCUCAGCAGCAGGAGGAAGAGGAGGAGAAAUACAACACACACACUGCAAAACUCAGCCAGGAGGUGCAGAAACUCAAACAUGUGGAGACUUUCUAUGAGAAACCUCCCCCUGGACUUAUAAAGGAGGAUGAAGAGAAACCGGAGGACUGUAUUCCUGAUGCCCCCGGGAAUGAAGACGCCAGGGAAUUCCUGGCUCAUGCGCCCACUAGAGGACUGUGGAUGCCUCUGGGCAAGGAGGUGAAAGUCAUGCAGUGCUGGAGAUGCAAGCGUUAUGGCCACAGGACCGGAGACAGAGAAUGUCCCUUCUUCAUCAAAGGCAAUCAGAAACUGGAGCAGUUCAGAGUGGCACACGAGGACCCGAUGUAUGACAUCAUUCGGGAAAACAAGCGCAAUGAGAAGGAGACAAGGAUCCAGCAGCUGAGGCAACUCCUACAGGAUACAACAUCCGACUCAGACUCCAGCUCCUCCUCCUCCUCCUCCUCCUCUCAUCACGCCCAUAAGAAGAAGAAGAAGAAAAAGGAAAAGAAGAAGAAGGACAAGAAGAAGAGGAAGAAAAAACAAAAGAAGAAUAAGAAGCACAAGUCAAAGAAUAGUGAUAGCACAGUGACACGACAUGAGCAGCUUUAGAGACCUUUGCUAAGCCGCUGAGCCCUGCUUUCUCCCCCUCUGCCCUUCCUCCCACCCCGCUGACUCUGCUUAAUAAUACAUACAGACAUUUCAUUUCCCCGUCAUCAGAAACGGUUUGCUUAUGUGACGUCUCUAUCAGCUUUGUCUCAUAUUAGACCUCUGAAGAUGAUGUAAUGUCAGCUCCGAAUGGGUGUGGUGUAAGAGGAAUAUUGGCUCGCUGCUGUAAUUUUUUUUUCUUUUCUGCUUUUUCUUCUCUGAAUGAAUUGCGUUUUGUUUGGAAUUGAUUCCUCCUGGAUUUUGAAAAUGUUUAAUCGUCAAGCAAAGGCUUGCAAUAAUACUGAACACUUCCCCAAAAUGUUGGAGAUUAUAUUUCUGUAAAUACAUAGAUGAAGAGAAAUUGGUGUUAUUAAAUACAUUUUCAGUGU